AUGCGCUACGAGAACUGGGAUGUGCUUCUGUUUCCAGAGAGCUCCAAGGUGCCUCUGCAGGAGUUCAAGACCCAGUGCUUCGUGAUCAAGGACACAGGCAGUCCUGGGCUCGUCAAUCCGGCCUCGCAUUAUUUGCCCCAAGGCAACCUGGGGUUGUUGCCGGUUCUCACCACAUUCAUCCCCAGUAUCGCCCCGAAUACCUCCUUCCGGGUGUCCGUCCAUAGCUGGGAAAAACCUCGCCCCAGCCGACUGAUGGAAGGCCUGUUACAGCCUGAAGAUGCCCCGCUUUUUGAAAUCCGAAUAUUCAUCGACGGGUUAUGUGUCUCGGGUAGUGUUUUCAGUCAGAGGACCAGCUGGCCCCAUGUGAUCGACUUGAGCUCCUAUGUCGACAAGACUGGCAACCAGGACACGCUGCGAUUUCCUCCUUUUCAUCAAGAGAUUCUAGAACAACGAUAUUGGGAUGCCGGCGAACUCUACGGAAGAAUUCGUGUGGUAGUCUCCGAAGGUUUCGCUCGACCACACCGCACUCCGCCGUUUGAGAGAGUCAAGGAAGUUGUGGCAUUUUCUUUUCAGCAUGCUCCUCUUCAUGUCUUGGAGUGUUCUAGCAUUGCCUGGCCAAACGCUGGCAUGUGGACUCGUGAACCUCGUCUCUUCAAAUACAACUCUGGGAGUGGAGCCAGCGAAUUGAAGGAACCAGAGGAUACUCACACCCACUCGCCAACCAGGCACAGCACCCAGCAGGCCGCAUCUGUGGGCCAGAUGGCCAAUCCCGCUACACAGAGUACUUGGCAAUACAAAUCCUAUCAGGGGCCUCCUGUGACUCAAUGGCCCAGCAGACUGGGAGAACCAAAAUGGGCGCCCCAAGAGCCACCUCUCAUGCAGGAGGCUUUCAUAGAUCCUUACUUGCUCGACCCAUCUGCUCGACAUCGCGGUGCUAGACCAUCUUGGGAGGACAUUUCCAUGCCAGACUAUGUUUCGAGCACGACCGGGAGCCGGGCCCUCUCAAGCAUGACGGGCAUUAGCUACGAGCACAGUAAGCACGCCAGCAUCGUCGCGCCGAUUGAAGAGGACGCAUAUGCCCAAUUGGUCCAGGGUUUGAGCCCACCAAAACCCCUGGCCUGCGGCACCCAUGCGCCCACCAACACUCCGUCUAGCGUGGCCCCGGUGGGCAGCAAACCCUCAGCUGCCGCCGAAGCGCGCUCGGCAUCGUACACCCGAGAUGGCAGCCGGUCGUUCGUUCUAAAGGAAAUCUCCCAGGCCGGAACUAGAAACGCGUCCGAGUCUAGCAUCAAGUCUAGCCUCCUGCCGGACCCUUUGGCAGAGACUACGGCAACAAGCAAAUUGCAUGCCAGCCCCAAUGUGAAUGUCAAGAGCAGGAAGGAGGGAAUGUCCCAAGACAACAAGGAAAACGAAAGUGCCGGAGAAACACCGCGCAAGGAGACCGAAAGACUCAAUAACACUCCGACCCGGACGGUUAGGCGCUUGAGCGGGAACAUGGACUCUCCAACUGAAUUUAGGAGACAGCGGUCUAUGAGCUCCGCGCGCGGCGAGGGCAUCAUCACGCCUUCGAAAGGGGAAUCAGUCUCAUGCCCGCCUGUGCAAGAGCUGUCCGCACCAGACGAUCUCGUUCGUCGAGUCGGCUUGGACGAACUUCUCGAUUCUAGCAUUCAGCUCAUGGGGAGCACGGCUGAGGUGGCUGCAAUCGAUUAAAGAUAUCUUUAUUGGGGAUGAUGCUCUUGUUUAUUCCUUUUGUGUUUCUUCUUCCGUUAUCCGAAUGCAACGCAUUCAUCUACUUGUCACUUGACC